CUGAAUUCUUGCGGGUUAUGGGUGCUCAAUAGGCGUAGGCAAGAACAGUGCCAUCUUCAGUGCUGCAUUGUUGAGGAUAUUCAGAUUUCGGGAGAAGCAUAAGAGUAGGUGCUCGCAGAAUUCUCCCUCGACCUUGUUCUGCCUUGUUUCCGUUCUUGGCCAUUCUUGUCUCUCUUUUGGUCUUCCACUCCGAACGCCUGUCAUGGAAUCCUCCAUGAUCACCGGGGAUGGCGGCGAAGAGUGCAACAGUAAUGAAUCCGGGUGGACGAUAUACCUGACCUCCCCCACGAGCAGCUAUGAAGCAAAAGACAAUGGCAGUGAAGGGAGCAAUGUUGAAGAUGGCAGUGGCUACAUCACCGAGAGGAGGAAAGGGAAAGAAGAGAACAACGCGGAUGACGAUGGAGAUUACGAUUCCCUGGCGUCUGAUGCUUCCACAGGGCCAUCUCAAGUGAAGGUGCUUGAAGGCAAAGAAGAGAAAGAUCGUCAGACAAAUGACGGUUGCAGCAAUGAACAUGGCAAGGAUGAAGAAGCUGAGACACUUACCAAGUUCCCGACAGGCAGCAACAAAAAGGCAGGCAAGGUGAAGAAAGGGGACGAAAAAAGCAGCAAAAGAGGCCACAAUAGAAGACGUAGCUCAUCAAGAACAAGCUUCUUUUGGUAACUGAUGUAAAAACCUUGCUCAUCUAUUCCUUUCUUAUCAAGCUAGAAUCCAUGUCAGAGGCACGAGGAAUUGAAGGCCUUGUCAUGGUCCCUGCUAUUGCCUUCUAUUGUUUUGUCCAUUUGUUAGCCACCCCAUAGGUUAGUUCUUCCUAUGCAAAUCUGUCACCAUUUCAUUAUUAUUCAUUGCCCUAUUCUUAA